UCAGGACCCAGGAGCAUGGGGCUGGAAGGACCAGAGACAGUUGGCCAGCCACCAGUGACUCUGCUGCCCGCACCCAAUGGGAGUGGCCCGGGCCAAGAGUUUGCAGGCCCCUGGUUGGAGAUCCCGGAGCGGUCACCGUGUGUAGCUGGCAUCGCCCCUGUGAUCUACUACAGCGUCCUCCUGAGCCUGGGGCUGCCCGUCAAUCUCCUGACCACAGUGGCCUUGGCCCGUCUUGCUGCCAGGACCAGGAAGCCCUCCUACUACUACCUUCUGGCACUCACGGCCUCAGACAUCGUCACGCAGGUGGUCAUCGUAUUUGUGGGCUUCCUCCUUCAAGGAGCCGUGCUGGCACGCCAGGUACCCCAAGCUGUGGUGCGCACAGCUAACAUCCUGGAGUUUGCCGCCAACCAUGCCUCGGUGUGGAUCGCUGUCCUGCUCACGGUCGAUCGCUACCAUGCCCUGUGCCAGCCCCUGCACCAUCGGGCCACCUCGUCCCCAGGCCGGACCUACAGGGCCAUAGCCACAGUCUUCAGUGCUGCCCUCCUGACUGGCAUCCCCUUCUACUGGUGGCUGGACGUGUGGAGGGACGCAGACCCCCCCAGCACCAUGGAUGAGCUCCUCAAGUGGGCUCACUGUCUCAUCGUCUAUUUCGUGCCCUGUGGGGUUUUCCUGGUUACCAACUCAGCCAUUGUCCUCCGACUCAGGAAGAGAGGCCAGCGUGGGGCACAAGCCUGGAGGAGCAAGAGCACCGCCAUCCUCCUGGGGGUCACCUCGCUCUUCGCCAUCCUUUGGGCACCCCGGAUCUUCGUCAUGCUCUACCAUUUGUACGUGGCCCCCGUCCACCGGGACUGGAGGGUCCACCUGGCCUUGGAUGUGGCCAAUAUGGUGGCCAUGCUCAACACGGCAGUCAACUUCGGCCUCUACUGUUUUGUCAGCAAGACUUUUCGGGCCACCGUCCGACAGGUCAUCCAUGAUGCGCACCUGCCCUGCACUCUGGGGGCACGGCCAGAGGACAUGGGAGUGGAGCCUGUGCUGAAGCAAGUAGGACUCCCCCAAAGAGACAGCAAUGUAGAAGAGGGGCUCCAGCCGGGGGGCCUGGAGAGCUCAGGACCACAUGUACGGGCACUUUAG